AUGGUGUACCUCACGGGCCUGACGGCCCCCGAGGCCGCCGCGGGCCGCUGGGCCUGGCUGCUGGCGCCGCCCCGCGUGGGGGCGGCAGUUGCGCCCUGGUGGUGCGCGGGCAUCUCGGAGGAGGGCCAGCCUGAGACAGCGCACCCCUCCGACGGAGGUGACUCGGCGGAGUCCGCGGACGCCAUUCAGGCGGCAGGCGGCGUGGCGCGCGGGCGCGGCCGUCGCAAGCGGGGAAAUGGGCGCGCCGCUUGUUCCAGCAGCUGCGCGCGCACGGCAGCCGGCAGCGCCGGUAGCAGCGAGGGCUGCUUCGACGGCGCCGCCGGAGGCGCCCGCGAACCCCCGCUGCGGCACCGACGCCGCGCGCUGGACCGUGCUUGGGCGGACACCGACGACGGAGUCGACGGCGACCUCAGGGUGCCCGCGCCGCCUCGCGCGAGUUCGGCGGCGAAGUCGCAGACCGCGAUGCUGCGGCGGACUCUGGCUGCUGGCUCUGGCUGCUGGCGCCAGCGCGGCUCCGGAGGUGGCCGCGGGGGCGACCUGGCUGCCGGCGCGGCGCAAGCGCAGGCGGCGGCGCUGCCCGAGGGGGCGCUCGGCGGCGCCAGGGUUCCUGGUGCCGGCGGCGCGGCAGCCGGCGUGGCCCCUCUGCGGCAGGCGCACCCGGCAGCGGCAGUGCUCUGGCUGCCGGCGGGGGCGCCCCAGACGCCACAGCUGCGCUCUGCUGCGCCGAGGCUUCGUCGCCUUGCCUUCGGCGUCCCCGGGCUCCUGGUGUCCUCCGCCUGCCUGGGCCUCUGCGCCGUGCUGCUGGGCGGGGCGCACGCGGCGCUGUGCGGGCUCGCGGCCGAGGGCGCGCUCGGCGCGGUGGCGGGCGCGCUGGUGCGCCUGCCGAUCACGCUCCACUUCGGCUGGAUCAGUUGCGCCGCCCUGGUCAACCUGAACAACUGGAUGGCCAACAGCGGCUCGGGCCUCCGCGCCAAGCUGGUGUUGGCCUACGGCUCGGUGGCCGCUGCCGUGGCGGCCGCCGGCUGCGUCUCGGCCGCCCGCCGCGACCCGGUGUAUCCGCUCGUGGUGGCCUGGUCGCUGACGGCCGUCUACCGGUUCAGCGCGCGGGACGGGAGCCCAGGGCCGCUGCGGGCCGCGGAGCUAGGCGGGGCGGCGGCGGCGGCGUGCAUGGUGGUGGCGUGCUGCGUGUGGGGGGCCUGA